AAGCCUUGGCAAAGCACAUUCUGAAGCUCCCUUCUGGAAUGGAUUACCAAAUUAAGCUUUCGGACUAAAUAUUUGCACUUGCCAAAUCUUUUUGAAAACAAUUCUAAUAACAGGGCCAUCAAAACAGUGAUCUGUGGACUGAAUAUUUGGCACACAUCUGAAAGAAGAAAACAUGGCUUUGUUGCUUGUAAAAUUUGACUUGGCCAAGCGAGUCAAGCUUGCCCAGGGACUGUGGCUCCUGUACUGGCUCUCGGUCAUGGGUGGGAUCCUUAUCUUUAGCAUGGGGCUUUUCUUCAAAAUCGAGCUCCGCAAGAGGAGUGAAAUGAUGGACAACAAUGAGAGCCAUUUUGUGCCCAACCUGCUCAUUCUGGUUGGCCUAGCUGCUUGUGGCAUCAAUGCCUUUGGUGGCAAGGUGUGCCAUGACUCACUUGACACAGCCAAGUUCGCAAGGUGGAAGCCCAUGGUGAAGAACUACCUGGGUGGAUGCUUCGCCUUCUGCAUUAUCCUCUUCAUCACGGCUCUGUUAUGCUUCCUGGUUCAGGUUUCUCUACAUUUCGCACUGGCUGAGGGUCUGAAAAAUGGAAUGAAGUACUACAAGGACACGGACACACCAGGACGAUGCUUCAUGAAGAGGACCCUCGACAUGACCCAGAUCGAGUUCCGCUGCUGUGGCAACAAUAACUUCAGAGACUGGUUUGAGAUCCAGUGGAUUAGCAACCGCUACCUUGAUUUCAGCAAUGAUGAAGUGAAAGAUCGUGUCACAAGUAAUGUGGAAGGAAAAUUUCUGAUGGACAGCGUCCCCUUCAGCUGCUGCAACCCUGGUUCCCCACGACCCUGCAUUCAGCACCACCUGACCAAUAACUCUGCUCAUUAUGACUACGAUCACCACACAGAGGAACUAAAUAUCUGGACAAGAGGCUGUCGCGAGGCCCUGGUGUCCUACUAUGGGGGGACGAUGAACAGCAUUGGAGCUCUUGUGCUGCUAGUCAUGGUCUUAGAGGCUGCGGAUAUGGUGGGGCUGAAGUACCUGACAACCUCUUUGGAGACCCUGACAAACCCAGAGAAUCCAGAGAGUGAGAGUGAAGGUUGGCUGCUAGAAAAGAGCGUGAAGGAGACCAUGUCUGGUAUCAUGGAGAAGAUCAAGACUUUCGGAAAAGGCAACCAGGUGGAGGGGGAGGGGGGAGAGGCCGCUGCCAGCUGA